AUGGAAUGCUCGGAUUCGUAUAGCGAAGAAGAGGAGGAAGAAGAAUCUAUCAUAAAAAGAUGGAUUAUCCAAGGUAUUGAUAGUUUAAAGAAUCAGGAUAUCAAAUCUAAAAUGUAUCACGCCAAUGGAUCCGAUAUUACAUAUUAUUUUUACUUAGAAAAUUAUUCUGAUGACAACACACCUAUAAAAUUCCAUAUUGUGUUCCCAACAAUAGAAUACGCUUUGAAAUUACUUAUAGAAGUAAAAAUUGCCAACAAAAAUUCCGCAAUAAAGGGAAAACAGAUCGUUUGCAUUGAAAAAGCUAAUGAUGAUUCUUCAUUUUGUUUAAACAACACAUGGAAGUAUCUAUUGGACCCAGAAAAUAAGUUCAUGAUCAAUAAUAAUUUAUUUGUUGAAGUAAAACUGUCGGAAUACGUGGAAAAACAAUCUGUACAGUUCAAAACACCCAGUGAUUCUACAACAAAACAAGUUUAUUCAUCGGUUUCCAAAUCAUCUUGUGCAAUUUACUCCAAAGACGAAACAGGAUAUGUUGGACUACAAAACCAAGGUGCAACAUGCUAUAUGAACUCAAUGUUGCAGGCUUUGUACCAUAUUCCUGAGUUUAGAAGGCUAAUUUAUCAAAUGGACGUAAAUUCAAUAGAAGGAGCAAACAAAGACAUACCCAUUAACUUACAAAGACUAUUUUGUCAACUACAGUUCUCAGAUACAGCUCCUAAUACCAAAGCUUUGACAAAAUCUUUCGGAUGGAACAGUCUAGCGACAUUUAUACAGCACGACGUACAAGAAUUCGCUCGAAUAUUAAUAGACAAGAUCGAAUUGAAGCUAAACAAAACACCUUUACAGGGAAAAAUCGCGGAAAUGUUCAGAGGAGAGUUCACUUCAUUUGUGAGGUGUCCAGACUGUGGCUACGAAAGCUCUACAACCGAAUCUUUCUACGAUAUAUCGUUAGAAGUCAAAGAUACGAAAGAUCUCAAAAUAUCUUUGAAAAAGUAUACGGAAAAGGAGCUUUUGACUGAUGAGAAUCAGUAUAAUAUAGAAGGAAAAGGCAGAUUUAACGCAGAAAAGGGAAUAGAAUUCACAAAAUUCCCUCCGAUAUUAAAUUUCCAUUUAAACAGGUCAGAAUACGAUCCUGAGAAGGAACAGAUAGUAAAGAUCGAUAGCCGAUUCGAAUUCCCUGAAUCUAUCGACUUAAACGAGUUUUUGGCAGAAAAUUCGGACCAAAAAAAUUCUUCUCAAAUCUAUUCACUUUUCGGAGUCCUUGUUCACUCUGGAACCGUAAACUACGGUCAUUACUGCGCUUUUUUGAGGACUUCGUCGAAUGAUCCUCAAUGGUACGAAUUUAACGAUACUUGCGUGCAAAAGGUGAGUAAGGAAAAGGCUGUAGAUGAUAACUACGGAGGCGCGAGCAAUUUCAGCGGCUAUUAUUUGAUUUAUGUAAGAAAUUCUGAUGCCGAGCGAAUUUUCAAGCCAGUGACGGAUGAUGAAGUCCCCGAGGCCUUGAGAGAGUGGUAUCGCAAUAAAACAGAGCACAGAUCCCCUAAAAAAGCCGGUGAUGAAAAUUUAUUCUUGUAUACUGAAGAUUCCAUCAAAUGGACAACUAGAUUAGGCAUGCCAUCAUUCGUAUGUAGUGAUAAGAAGCGUAGUAUUCGUAUAGAAGGUGGAAAAAUCACUGGAAAAGAAUUAUACGACAAAUGCGCACAUGAAUUCCAAUGGAAUCGUGAUGAAAUCAAAGUUUGGAGACUUUACUAUAAUAAUGUGCCUUCGUCAGUCGUUGAUGAUGAUAAUACCCAGAUUUCUUUGUUUUACAAAAAUUUCUUCGUCACAAAAAGUGACAAAAAUUCUGAGGUUCAGAAAAAUUUCAAUGAUUACAUAUAUGUUUACUGUUGUUUCUUCUUUACUGAUGCAGAAAUGCCUCUACAAUACAUUGGAAACUUUAUUAUCCAAAAAACUUCGACAAUUAAAGAUUUAGCCUCAUUAGUCAAUGAAAGAAUAGGAUAUCCUGCUGAUACACCUUUGGAAUGUUAUGAACUCAUGACGAAUGAACCUCUUAAGAUCGAAAUUACUGAUGACAGCGGUGAAUUAAGAACAUUUGAAAAUUAUUGUGUCUCUUCAGGUUCGAUUUACAUUUUUGAGGUUGCCAAACAUCAUAUCAGACCCAACACAACCACUUUCGAGAUCCUUCCACCUCUUUCUGAAGAAGAUAAACAUAUUUUGCAUUCAUCCAGUCGUUCUUACCUUAAUCAGAGCCAAUCGUCAUCAUUUUCAAGCAAAUAUGAACUCUAUGAAGACAACAGAACAGAAGAACUCUCAAAAAUCCAAAAAAUUCAAAAAAUACCAAAAAUACCAAAGCCAGAAAAACAAGUUCCAGUGUUUUUCUACGAUGAAGAAGACAGUAGUGAUGACAUUGAUGAGCAAUGCAACAAGAAAAAGUCAAUUUCCGCCUUUUUUGAACAAGAUAAAAAAUUAUUAAAGUGUCAGAUCUAUUCCUACAAGGCUAGGGAUGAAAGACUUGCUACAAUAGUCAUCCAUUCGACAUUAUCCAUCGAAGAAUUGACACUUUUCCUCUCAAAAUGUCUUAAUUUUGAUUAUAAUCCCGAAGAAGAUGCUAUUUGCAUAUACAGGAUCACUCACAAUGGAAUGUCAUUGAUGUACGAAGGCACUAUUUCCUAUUAUCUUCAAGAACAUCUCGGAAUUAACGGAUAUUUCACCUUAUUUGUUGAUUUUGAGAAAAGAAUUACUUUUGACGAGCUUAGCAAACGAACAUUGAUCAAUGUCACAUUCCGAAAUGAGGAUAAUCAGAUCAAAUCCAGUCUAAUUCGUAUGAAUUUGAAAAGUUCAACAGCAGAAAUCGUAAAUGACGCAUUGACAGAGUUCAAUGAAGAGAUCACUGAAUCUAUGAGUGUUUUCAAUGUCGUAGACCACAGAAUUGUUGGUUUGGCAGAUUGUGAAAGUAUAUUUGAUUCAUAUUUAUGCCAAGACUUGAUAAUUACAUCAUAUGAUGACUCUUCAUUGAGUUGUUUCUUCUGUUUCACUGUAAUUUGCGGCUGUUGGCAGAGAUUUGUUGGAAUUCCAGGUUCAGUUGUUUUAAAUGAGUCAGAUACAUCGAAAUCCCUGAAAAAGCGACUGAAUGUUGAUGAUGACUGGAACUUGGUCAUUUCACAGAACUCUAAUUUCUUAGUUAGAAAUAACGAAUUCGUUGGAUUGUCUCUUUCUUACAAGAAUGGAUUAGUAAGAGAUGAUGAAAACGUCCUGCAAAAAUGGCGUGAAAGAGAUGAUGGAACAGAUACUAUAUUUUUCGUUCGUUUCGAACAGAAAUCAUAA